AUGAGGAAGGGUACUAGAAAAUUAAGAAAUCUACGUCUGAGCAAGAUCUACACUUUCGCAUGUGGUAAGAAAUCAUUACUGAAUGAAGAACAUUCUAGAAUUGGAAGUCCUGGCUUUUCAAGGGUGGUUGUGUUGAAUGAGGCUUCAGAGAGCUCUGAGAAUGCUUCUGGGAACAACAAUAACAACCAGCAGUAUGCAGAUAAUGUUGUGAGAUCCACAAAGUAUACUGUUGCAAAUUUCUUACCCAAGUCACUAUUUGAGCAGUUUAGGAGAGUUGCAAACUUCUUUUUCUUGGUCACUGGUGUAUUGUCCUUUACCAAGCUUGCGCCUUAUACAGCUGUCAGUGCCAUUCUGCCCUUAAUUGUUGUCAUUACUGCAACAAUGGUCAAAGAAGGUAUUGAAGAUAUGCGUCGCAAAAAGCAGGAUAUUGAGGUGAACAAUAGAAUAGUGGAAGUGCAUAAAGGGGAUGGAGUUUUUGAAUGUACUGAGUGGAAGAACCUAAAGGUGGGUGACAUAGUUAAGGUUGAAAAGGAUGAGUUCUUCCCUGCAGACCUACUACUUCUUUCAUCAAGUUAUGAGGAUGCAGUUUGUUAUGUUGAGACCAUGAACUUAGAUGGAGAAACAAACUUGAAGUUGAAACAAGGCUUGGAAGUAACUUGCUCCUUAACAGAAGACAACUUGAGUGAUUUCAGAGCUUCAAUCAAAUGUGAAGACCCCAAUGCAAACUUGUAUACAUUUGUUGGAAGCAUAGAGUUUAAGGAGCAAGUUUAUGCACUUUCUCCCCAGCAGCUUCUCCUAAGAGAUUCCAAACUUCGCAACACGGACUACAUAUUUGGAGCUGUCAUCUUCACCGGUCAUGACACAAAGGUUAUCCAAAACUCGGUUUCUCCACCUUCCAAGAGAAGCAAGAUCGAGAGGAAGAUGGAUCGGGUUAUCUAUUUCAUGUUCUUAAUCUUGUUCCUAAUGGCACUUGUUGGAUCAGUUUUCUUUGGCAUUGAAACUAAACAGGACUUGAACAAUAAUGUGAUGAAAAGAUGGUAUCUAAGGCCAGAUGAUUCUACAAUUUUCUUUGAUCCGAAAAGAGCACCUGCUGCUGCUUUCUUCCAUUGUUUAACAGCCUUAAUGUUAUACAGCUUCUUUAUUCCGAUCUCAUUGUAUGUAUCCAUCGAAGUUGUUAAGGUCCUUCAGAGCAUUUUCAUAAACCAAGAUAUCCUAAUGUAUCAUGAAGAAACAGACAAGCCAGCUCAUGCCAUUACUUCCAACUUGAAUGAGGAACUUGGUCAAGUUCACACAAUUCUUUCUGAUAAAACUGGAACUCUCACUUGCAAUUCAAUGGAGUUCAUCAAAUGUUCUAUUGCCGGAGUCGCUUAUGGUCGUGGAGUCACAGAGGUGGAGAAGGCCAUGAACAGAAGAAAUGGUUUAGAAUUUGAUGACUUAAGAAACUCUCCUGAUAGAAAGGCACCAAUCAAAGGUUUUAAUUUUACAGAUGAAAGGAUCAUGGAUGGAAAUUGGGUUAAUGAGCCUCAUGCAAAUGUUAUCCGGAAUUUCUUUCGAUUAUUGGCAAUUUGUCAUACAGCUAUACCAGAAAUUAAUGAAGACACAGGAAAUAUCUCUUAUGAAGCUGAAUCUCCAGAUGAAGCAGCAUUCGUCAUUGCGGCCAAAGAACUUGGCUUUGAAUUCUACAAAAGGACUCAGACUAGUUUAUCAAUCUUUGAGUUGGAUCCUGUUUCUCAAGAAAAAGUUAAGAGGACAUACAUGCUUCUCCAUGUUUUAGAAUUCAAUAGCACAAGAAAGCGAAUGUCAGUCAUAGUAAAAGAUGAAAAGGGAAGAAUUUUGCUACUUUGUAAAGGUGCUGACAGUGUCAUGUUUGAAAGACUUGCAAACAAUGGAAGAAAGUUUGAAGAGAAAAUCUUGGAACAUGUACAUGAGUAUGCCGAUGCAGGUUUGAGGACAUUGAUACUAGCGUUCCGCGAGCUUGAUGAAGAAGAAUACAAGGAGUUUCAAGAUAAAUUUACCGAAGCAAAAAAUUCAGUUUCAGCAGAUCGAGAAACAAUGAUUGAGGAAGUAUCAGAUAACAUCGAGAGGAAUAUGAUUCUACUUGGUGCCACUGCAAUAGAGGACAAGCUCCAACACGGGGUUCCGAAUUGCAUUGACAAGCUUUCUCAAGCAGGAAUUAAAAUUUGGGUUUUGACAGGGGAUAAAAUGGAGACUGCCAUCAAUAUUGGUUUUGCUUGUAGUUUACUUAGAGAAGGAAUGACACAAAUCAUAAUUCAUUUGGAUACUCCAGAAAUUCGAUCACUAGAGAAGGUUGGAGAUAAGAGAGAAAUUUUCAAGGCUUCAAGAAAAAGUAUUCAGCGUCAACUAUCACAAGGUGCUCAACAAAUUGCAGCUGCUAGUGGAACCCCUGAGCAAGCAUUUGCUCUAAUUAUUGAUGGCAAAUCACUUACUUAUGCUUUAGAGGAUGAUAUGAAGGACUUGCUUCUGGAUUUAGCAACUAAAUGUGCAUCUGUUAUUUGUUGUCGCUCAUCGCCAAAACAGAAAGCAUUGGUGACCAGACUUGUAAAAUCUAGAACCGGUAAAACUACGUUAGCUAUUGGAGAUGGAGCUAAUGAUGUCGGAAUGCUUCAAGAAGCGGACAUAGGGAUUGGAAUCAGUGGUGUUGAAGGAAUGCAGGCUGUUAUGUCCAGUGAUGUUGCAAUUGCACAGUUUUGUUAUUUGGAACGACUACUUCUUGUGCAUGGACAUUGGUGUUACCGGAGAAUCUCAUCAAUGAUAUGUUAUUUCUUUUACAAGAAUAUCACAUUUGGCUUCACUUUAUUCUUGUUUGAGGUCCAUGCGUCAUUUUCUGGAGAACCUGCGUAUAAUGAUUGGUUUUUGUCUCUGUAUAAUGUCUUUUUUUCGUCACUUCCAGUCAUUGCCCUUGGGGUCUUUGACCAGGAUGUAUCAGCCCGGUUUUGUUUGAGGUUUCCUAUGUUGUAUCGAGAAGGUGUAGAAAACAUCCUCUUUAGCUGGCGUCGAAUACUUAGUUGGAUGCUUAAUGGAUUUAUUAGCUCCAUAAUAAUUUUCUUCUUCUGCACAAAAGCUAUGGAGAUUCAAGCCUUUGAUGAAGGAGGAAGAACGGCAGGAAGAGAUAUACUAGGAGCAACAAUGUACACUUGUGUGGUUUGGGUAGUAAACCUGCAAAUGGCACUUGCUGUAAAUUACUUCACCCUGAUUCAACAUGUUUUAAUAUGGGGCUCCAUUGUUAUCUGGUAUAUCUUCCUCCUUACCUAUGGAGCAAUGGCCUCAUCGUUUUCUGGAAACGCUUACCAUGUCUUUGUUGAAACUCUGGCUCCGACUCCAUGCUAUUGGCUGUUGAUAUUUUUUGUGGUAAUCACAACACUUGUACCAUACUUCACUUUCUCAGCACUACAGAUGCGAUUCUUUCCCAUGUAUCAUGAAAUAGUGCAGUGGUUGAGGCACAAAGGAAAGACGAAUGAUCCCGAGUUUUGCGCUAUGGUGCGGCAAAGUUCAUUGAGGCCCACAACUGUUGGAUCAACGGCACGCAGAGCGGCCAAGACUAACAGCCUUAGAGGCAGCUUCACUGACCAUAGAUGA